ACACGAGCCGUUCGCGUGCGGCCCGGGAUAUAAAUAAGGGCGGCGGAGGCAGCGCGCGGGCAGACAGUCAACCGCUUGCGUCUGUAUCACCGGGAGAGAGACCGCGCGCGUGUGCGUGCGUGCAUGCGUGUGUGUGUGUGUGUGCGCGCUUGUGACACUCGUUAAACUCGGGAUCACUUCAUUCCCACACUGCUGGACUUCUACAGCGCACGGUCGAGUCCCUUUUCUUCUUCUUAAAGGACGACUGAAGAACUUUACGCAUUUUCCUGGAUAUUUUACGCAAAAAAUAAGAUGCCUGCUGAUAUGAUGGAAAAGAACUCGUCUUCCCCGGUGGCUGCGACCCCGGCGAGCAUGAACACCGUCCCGGACAAACCCAAAACAGCCUCCGAGCACAGAAAGUCCUCGAAACCCAUCAUGGAGAAAAGAAGACGAGCCAGGAUCAACGAAAGCUUGGGUCAGCUCAAAACCCUCAUCCUGGACGCACUGAAAAAAGACAGCUCCAGACACUCCAAGCUGGAGAAGGCGGAUAUCCUGGAGAUGACCGUGAAGCACCUCAGGAACAUGCAGCGCGCGCAGAUGACCGCUGCUCUGAACGCAGACCCUACCGUGCUCGGGAAGUACCGCGCGGGCUUCAGCGAGUGCAUGAACGAGGUGACGCGUUUCUUGUCCACGUGCGAGGGCGUGAACGCGGAGGUGCGCACGCGGCUGCUCGGUCACCUGGCCAACUGCAUGACCCAGCUGAACGCGAUGAACUACCCGGCGCAGGCGCACGCCGGACCCGCGCCUCCGCCUCCUCCUCCUCCGACCUUCGGCCAGCCGGUGGUGCAGAUCCCCGGCGCGACGCACGUGCCCGUGCCUGUCUCGGUGCCCACGUGUAAGAGCGCACAACCAUCUGGUGCGUCGCCGUCCGACGCCGCCAAGGUGUACGGCGGCUUCCAGCUCGUCCCGGCCACAGACGGACAGUUUGCCUUCUUGAUCCCCAGCGGCGCGUUCACGCCCGGCGGCCCCGUGAUCCCGGUGUAUGCCAGCGGCGCGGCCACGCCCCUUCCAGCCGCCGCCGCGUCUCCGCGCGAGGCCUCGCUCACUUCAGACUCCGUCUGGAGGCCUUGGUAGAAAAAAAAAGAGACAGAGAGACAGAGAGACAGAAAGGAACUCAUCUGAAAGACUUUGACACUGUUCAUAUGCUGUGUGUUCCGUCUGUUAAAUUGAACAUGUGAUUUUUUUUGUAUGGAAACGUGUUUAAGAGGAUAUUUUUAUGCACUAUAUUUGUACAGUUCAAAAUGGGACAGAGGUUCAUAUUGAAACGAGAUUUAUACUUAUAGCUAAUGUCUGUUCGAUGCAUUCUUUUUUUAAAUAUUUGCGGUAUCUUUUUUUCUCUAAAGGUGAUGCCAAAGAUAUGUGGAAUGCUUUUUUUUUU